AUGAGUGCAAAAGCAGAGAUUUCAAGCUGGUCCGAGUACCCGGAGGAUUUCGCCCUGCUGCAGCAGCGCAGCCUGGCCCACAUCAACUCCAAAAGUUGGAUUUCUGCAAACUCAAUCCGUAUGUUCUCGAGGAGGGACGCGCACGACGUGGGCAUCCCACUGGAGAAACUUCAUCCAUCAAGUGAACUGCCCGAGUGCGCGUCGGCUGCAGGGAUCACAGAGACAGACUGCGAGAGUACAGGAGAGGGAGACAAGACGAGCCACUACACUGGUCCACAGAGACACCGGCGCGUAGCAGCCAACGCCAGAGAGAGGAGAAGGAUGCACGGCCUGAACAAAGCGUUUGACGAGCUGAGGAGCGUCAUCCCGUCAAUGGAGAAUGAGAAGAAGUUGUCCAAAUAUGACACUCUGCAAAUGGCGCAGAUUUACAUCACUGAGCUGUCGGAGCUUCUGGCCGGCGUGGUUCAGUCGGAGCGCAUGAGCUCAGCAGACAAUACCUGCAGGAGAAGUCUGAUCCAGACUCUGCUGCCUGCGGUCAGUGCGCAGGACCAGCUGAUGGGAGGACAGCGAGACUCCGGUGCCUCCGUGGGCCACCUGUUUAUACUUGGACCUACAUCUGACCUGGGGUCAAAUAAAUCCACGGCCUCAUCCCACUGCAGUGAUGGCGAAUCCUCGCAUCUCAGUGACAUGGAGGAAAGCCACAGUGGGAGACAAUGA